AUGUCGUCCCAUAAUCAAUUAACUCCCUUCGGAAAACCCAUGCUCAAGCACUGGCUUUUUGACCCAACAUAUAAAAACCUCAAUCAUGGGUCCUUUGGCGCCCACCCUGCCGCUGUGCGAGACGCCCAGCGCAGUUUCAUGGACGAAGCAGACUCGUAUCCAGACCCAUAUAUCCGACGCCACCAGUCAGACUACCUUACGAAGUCUCGCGAGGCCGUGGCACAGCUUCUGAACGCCCCGCGAAACGAAUGCGUCUUUGUCAAGAACGCCACGACCGGUGUAGCCACGGUCUUGCACAACCUGGCUUUCCGGUCUGGAGACGCAGUCGUCUAUUUCGAACCCAUCUACGGCGCCGUUGAGAAGGGUCUCGUCUCGCUGCAAGAGCAUACAUCGCUCCAACCACGCAAAGUGCGCUUCCAGUACCCUAUCUCGGAGGCCGACCUGGAGCGCCGGUUCCGAGAUGUCGUGCAACACGCUCGCGAGGUCGAGGGCUUAAACGUGCGCGCGGCCGUGUUCGACCUUAUCGUCAGUAACCCUGGCGUGAGAUUCCCAUUUGAGCGCUUCACUCGCGUCUGUCGCGAGCUUGGAAUCAUGAGUAUCAUUGAUGGUGCACAUGGAAUCGGUCAAAUCCCAUUGAACAUGCAGGAGCUGCAGCCCGACUUUCUUGUUUCGAAUUGCCACAAAUGGCUCUACACCCCCCGCAGCUGUGCCGUCCUCUACGUCCCAAAACGCAACCAACACUUCCUGCGCACCACCCUCCCCACCUCAUGGGCCUUCAUCCCGUCCCCUGACUCCCCCGAGACGAGCGUCUCUGUCCUCUCAGACCCUAACGCCCCAUCCCCACAAUCCCCAUUCGAACAGCUCUUCGAAUUCGUCGCCACAAACGACGACUCAGCCUACACAUGCGUUCCCGCCGCCCUCAAAUUCCGCACCAAGGUCUGCGGCGGCGAAGAAGCCAUCAUGUCCUACUGCUGUGACCUCGCCAACAACGCCGCAGACAUUGUCGCCCGCACGCUCGGCACAUCUGUCCUCCAGGAACCAGAUCUGAAGGAGGGCGAAGAAAGCCGUAUGCGCAAAUGCGCAAUGACGACGGUCAGGUUGCCAAUUGCAAUUGCCGUUCCAGGUGCUGUGGACAAUGCUGCCGCUGCUGAUACUGCUCCAUGGGUUACUCUCUCCCAGCAAGCGGCGUCGCGGGCUCUGGCGCGCAUCCAGCGCAGCUUAAUGGAUGAGUAUCGGACGUUUGUGCCGGUGUUUGCACAUGGCCCGUGGUUGUGGGUCAGGCUGAGUGGACAGGUUUAUUUGGAGAAGGAGGAUUUCGAAUGGCUUGCUGGGGCGUUGAAGGAGCUUUUGAUACCACGGUCCGGGUCAAACUUGAGGCUGCGUUGCUUUUUAAGUAUCAGCUCUCCUUCUUUCCCCCGGAGUGCCUCGCGGUAG